CUCCCUCGCCGCACCGGCACCCGCGGCCCGUGUCAUCCCUCCCUCCCUUCCCCCCCCACGCCCGAAGCAGCCGUCCCCAUCGAGGUCCCCCUCCGCCGCCUGCGGGCUGCGCGCCCCCUCCAGCCGCCCCGGGGCCCGGGCCCGCGGGGCGUCGCCGGGAUGAGCAGCUCGCGGAACAACCGGGUGAUGGUGGAAGGAGUCGGGGCCCGGGUGGUCCGGGGCCCGGACUGGAAGUGGGGGAAGCAGGAUGGCGGCGAGGGCCAUGUGGGCACCGUCCGCAGCUUCGAGAGCCCCGAGGAAGUGGUCGUGGUGUGGGACAACGGCACCGCCGCCAACUACCGCUGCUCCGGGGCCUACGACCUCCGCAUCCUCGACAGCGCGCCCACCGGUAUCAAGCAUGAUGGGACUAUGUGUGAUACUUGUCGGCAGCAACCCAUCAUUGGCAUCCGAUGGAAAUGUGCUGAAUGCACAAAUUAUGACUUGUGCACAGUUUGCUAUCAUGGGGACAAACAUCACUUGAGGCAUCGUUUUUACAGAAUUACCACACCAGGAAGUGAAAGGGUAUUGUUGGAGUCUCGCCGUAAAUCAAAGAAAAUUACAGCAAGAGGAAUCUUUGCAGGUGCCAGGGUGGUGCGAGGAGUUGACUGGCAAUGGGAAGAUCAGGAUGGUGGCAACGGGCGUAGAGGAAAGGUAACUGAAAUCCAAGAUUGGAGUGCAUCGAGUCCACAUAGUGCAGCAUAUGUUCUUUGGGACAAUGGUGCUAAAAACCUUUACAGAGUUGGCUUUGAGGGCAUGUCUGACCUGAAAUGUGUCCAAGAUGCAAAAGGAGGCUCUUUCUACAGGGACCAUUGUCCUGUGUUAGGUGAGCAAAAUGGUAACAGAAACCCUGGUGGGCUGCAAAUAGGUGACCUUGUAAACAUUGACCUUGAUUUGGAAAUUGUACAGUCUUUGCAGCAUGGUCAUGGAGGAUGGACUGAUGGCAUGUUUGAAACUUUAACAACAACUGGAACAGUUUGUGGCAUUGACGAGGAUCAUGACAUUGUAGUACAAUAUCCAAGCGGCAACAGGUGGACGUUUAAUCCAGCUGUUCUCACCAAAGCCAAUGUUGUCCGAAGUGGAGAUGCUGCUCAAGGUGCAGAAGGAGGUACCUCUCAAUUUCAAGUGGGUGACCUUGUUCAAGUAUGUUAUGAUUUAGAGCGAAUCAAGCUUCUUCAGAGAGGUCAUGGAGAAUGGGCUGAAGCAAUGCUUCCAACUUUAGGUAAAGUUGGUCGGGUCCAGCAGAUCUAUUCAGACAGCGACUUAAAGGUAGAGGUUUGUGGGACAUCUUGGACGUAUAAUCCAGCAGCUGUCUCAAAGGUGGCAUCAGCGGGAUCUGCUAUAAGUAAUGCAUCUGGUGAGAGAUUGUCCCAGCUAUUGAAGAAAUUAUUUGAAACCCAAGAAUCUGGAGAUCUCAAUGAAGAAUUGGUUAAAGCUGCUGCCAAUGGAGAUGUUGCUAAAGUGGAAGACUUGCUAAAGAGACCAGAUGUAGAUGUGAAUGGACAAUGUGCUGGACACACAGCUAUGCAAGCUGCUAGUCAGAAUGGCCAUGUCGACAUUUUGAAGUUGCUUCUGAAACAGAAUGUGGAUGUAGAAGCAGAGGACAAAGAUGGGGACAGGGCUGUCCAUCAUGCAGCCUUCGGUGAUGAGGGUGCUGUGAUAGAAGUUUUGCACCGAGGCAGUGCAGAUUUGAAUGCUCGCAACAAACGCAGGCAGACUCCACUUCAUAUUGCUGUCAACAAAGGUCAUCUGCAAGUUGUAAAGACUUUACUGGACUUUGGCUGCCAUCCUAGUCUCCAGGAUUCUGAAGGUGACACUCCACUUCAUGAUGCAAUAAGUAAAAAGCGUGAUGACAUCCUUGCUGUAUUGUUAGAAGCUGGAGCAGAUGUUACUAUCACCAACAACAAUGGGUUUAAUGCUCUUCACCACGCUGCACUAAGAGGAAACCCUAGGUGCAUUUAUGCAUCUCUGCGUGUUUAUUUCAGUGCAAUGCGUGUAUUGUUGUCCAAGUUACCACGACCAUGGAUUGUUGAUGAGAAAAAAGAUGAUGGUUACACUGCCUUGCAUCUGGCAGCUCUCAAUAAUCAUGUGGAAGUGGCUGAACUUUUGGUGCAUCAGGGCAAUGCUAACCUGGAUAUCCAGAAUGUUAACCAGCAAACUGCGCUGCACCUUGCCGUUGAACGACAGCAUACACAAAUUGUUAGGCUCUUAGUCCGUGCAGGUGCUAAGCUGGAUAUUCAGGAUAAAGAUGGGGAUACUCCCCUGCAUGAAGCUCUGAGACACCACACCCUGUCACAGCUCCGCCAACUCCAAGACAUGCAAGAUGUGGGCAAGGUAGAUACUGCUUGGGAGCCAUCAAAGAACACAUUAAUAAUGGGACUUGGCACUCAGGGAGCAGAGAAGAAGAGUGCAGCAUCUAUUGCCUGCUUCCUGGCAGCCAACGGAGCUGACCUCAGCAUUCGUAAUAAGAAGGGUCAGUCUCCUCUCGAUCUCUGCCCUGAUCCUAGUCUCUGCAAAGCAUUGGCUAAAUGUCACAAAGAAAAAGUCAGUGGUCAGGUUGGUUCCCGAAGUCCAUCUAUGAUCAACAAUGAUUCUGAAACCUUAGAAGAAUGUAUGGUGUGUUCAGACAUGAAGAGGGAUACUCUGUUUGGCCCCUGUGGACACAUUGCCACAUGUUCUCUGUGCUCACCACGGGUGAAAAAAUGCCUCAUCUGUAAAGAACAAGUUCAGUCUAGGACAAAGAUUGAAGAAUGUGUAGUAUGUUCAGACAAAAAGGCAGCAGUGCUUUUCCAGCCUUGUGGUCAUAUGUGUGCCUGUGAGAAUUGUGCAAGCUUGAUGAAGAAAUGUGUACAGUGUCGGGCAGUGGUUGAGCGAAGAGUGCCUUUCAUAAUGUGCUGCGGAGGGAAAGGUACAGAAGAUACCACUGAUGAUAUUUCAAGUGGAAACAUUCCAGUUUUGCAGAAAGACAAAGAUAAUACCAACGUCAAUGCAGAUGUACAGAAGCUGCAGCAACAGUUACAAGACAUCAAGGAACAGACUAUGUGCCCUGUCUGUUUGGACCGUCUGAAGAAUAUGAUCUUUCUCUGUGGCCAUGGAACAUGUCAACUUUGCGGAGACCGAAUGAGUGAAUGCCCUAUAUGCCGCAAAGCAAUUGAACGAAGGAUCCUUUUGUAUUAAGUAGUGGAACCAAUGUCUUCUAUUAGCUUAUGAAAUAAUAAGAACAUCUUGAUGAUUUAAAUCUCCAUAAGUUUGAAAGGCAGUAAAGGGUUCUAAUGAAAACAUUUCUAAUACUGUAGCACAGGUUCAUUAUAUGGUAAUUGUUUAAAGACUGUGAACACAACAAAUAAGAGAACAGUAUUUGAACAGUCAGCUUUUAGCUUUAUUCUUGGAAAACAUCUAAGCCUGAAGCUAAUUUAAAGCAGUCUUUUUUUCAUUUUCUUUCUGACUCUUUCUUCCCUUAAAGUUUAAAGGGACAAUCUUAUUUUGGUUUCAUUCAUGUUUUUUAAUGUAUGUAUCAGGUGUCAAGUGUUGUAAGGGGGUUUUUUAUAUUGCCAGUUAAUAUCAGAUAUAAAUAUUUAGGAUUUUUUCAUUUUAUGCUUCUCUGGAGAAUGUUGAUAUUUCCUGUGACAGUUAUGAUUCACAAUAAUUUUUGUCUUGAAAUAUACAAUAAUGCAAAAACAAUACAAAGUGUAUACACGGUAGUAAUAAAUACACAGUUCCCAUAAGUUCAGGCCUCAAAAUCUAAUGUUAAGGUAAUUCUGUUUUCCUAAUUCUUUUUCACUAGAACAAGCCAGAAUUACUUGAAAUUAUUCCAACUUAGCAUCAAUUGAAUAAUUCACCUGAGUAAGAACUGAUCUAAAGCAUCCUGGGUGGGAAACAGGAGUUGAAUGUUAAAUACUCCUUGUCUGCAGGAGGCAUAUAUUGUAGCAUAGGGCAGGUAAGUGCUCCGUUAGGCUUGUACUUUCCAACAGAGAAGCUAUAUGAAGUGUUGCUUUAUAACACUCAAUACUUGGAUGCCAUCACAGUCCUAUGGAAAUAGAGACAAUGACUGAAGGUAUCGCUAUAGGAGCAGCUGUAGUCUUCUAUACUGUAGUCACACCAGAUGUAUGUGACUGCAUGCAAGUUUGUGAUUGGACUCAUUUGGCAAUGUUGUGUGCCAGUUGAAAUUAAAGUGUCAGCCUGAUGCUAUUGUGGUGCCAAAAGAAACCGCUGAAGUAGAAAAACUAGGUAAGCUAACCAACAUGCUUGAAUUAUUAAUAUAGGUGUCUAUUAAAAGGUGAAAGAGCUCUAUCUUGUACUGGGAAGGCUACACGGUGCUUGCCUUUCCAAAAACUUAAUGAGGAAGAAUGUUUGCAAAUCCAGAAUCAUUUUCACACACUGUCUUUGGAUUCUGAUGUUGAAGGUCAGCUAGUGUUGUUGAGGAAGCUAGUAAGUUCAUUCACUCUAAUUAGUCUAAUAUCAUCUGUGCAAUGUGCACAGAGUGCAAAUGUUUAAUUGGAUAACACUUAAAUAAUCGAAGGAUGAAAAACAGAAGCUCAGCUGGAAGCCAGAGGGGAUCAUAACAAGUAGAAGAGUUGAGUAUAUGUCAUUGUGCCUCUUUCUUCAGCAAAAGAUGAAAGUGUAAAUCUCAUUAUUAUCAUCAUCACUAUUAUUAGGGAGCAAAGUGAAAAUAAGAGAAAAAUCAGUAAGGCAUUGAUCUCUAAUAUACUGUAAAAUCAUAAAAUGUAAGAGUUGCAAGCUUUGUUUAUUAUGAUUAUCCCCCAGUAUUUAAUAGCAGUUUUGAAAUUGAAUGAAAUAUCUCAGUUUGUUUCUUGAAACAAUCAAGAAGGCAUCUAAUAAUAUAUAUUGUUCAGGUGUGAGGUAUGCUCAGAUGUUUAAGUAAAAUACUUUUCAUUUUUUUCCAUUUAGUAAAAUACAUAAAUGGUCACAUCAGUACACAGUGAUUUAAAGUAUAAAGACAACCUGAGAGGCUAACAGAAUAUGCUAAAUAGCUGUAGCUUGCUAACUUCAGUGUAACUAUGUUUGACUUUUUUUCCCCAAACCUACUGUCUAUCACUUACUAUAUCCCAAGCUCAUAUGGCACUUCUCAAAAUUUGGGCUAUUAUUACCUAUUUUCUAUUUGUCAAAAUACUCUGUACUUUUAUUUUGGAGUUUGGAGGAAUCCCUUUUUGCUGAAGUGGAUACUGAAGAUUACAUUGGCAAGAGAAUAAACAAGUUACUUUGUAAAUGUGAAAGUUUGAUUAUGAGGUGGUGUUCUUAACUUGGACUGGGUGAGGAUAUAGCAGAUUUGCACAAGUACUUGUGCCUUGUUAGCAUAGUCUUAAAAUCGGUAUUUUAGCUUCUUUUAAAGACGUGAAAUGGUCUUUUAAAAAUAAUCUGAUUUAGGUACUUACUGUGUAGAUAUUUUCUAGAGAUGAAGUUUUAUGUAUGCCUAAUUAUUUUUAGCAGUAUUAAUUGCAGUUUGUGUAAACACCAACUUGUUUGAAGAAGCUGCUUUGAGCUAGUGAUUUAAGCUUCCUCUACAAAAUUAAACGUCAGAAACUUAAUUUUACUCUUCCAGUAGCAGCUGGUGAACCGAAGAGCCUAUCCUGUUCUUUGUGCUGCAUGGGUCAAGUUUUCACUUAAAAAAAAACCCCAACAACACUACAGACUAACUUUUAGCAGUGCUACCUCCUUUCUGUCAAAGUACUGAAUUCUUCUCUAGUUGUUCUUUGUCUUUGGGAAGGGAUGGGGAACACAUCAGUUUUGUUUUGCUUUGUCAGUUUUGAUGUCUGAAUACAUUGUGAAGGUUUUUUUACUGACUAUAAAUUACGUACAAUAUGUGUGAUUUACCACAAUGUACAUUGUAUAUCAUUCUUGCAUAAGUUGCUGGAAUUCAUACUAUUGUCUUUUUAUGCAUUUCAUAACUUGUUUGUGUUGACAAAGCAAAACUUAUCUGCAGAAGUUUUAGUGUGUGCCAUUUUUAUAGCUAAGCCUGUGGUAAAUACAAAAGUUCUGGCUCAGGGCUUUUUAACAACUUAAACACAUUCACAAUAUUCUUCAGCACAUCUUGGAGAAUAUUAGAGAUUUAAUGACUAUAUAGUGCCUUGAUAGAACUAUUGAAUGGGCAGCAGCUGUAGAGUCCUUACAGAAUGCAAGUAUCUUUUGAAUCCAGUUAAUGAGUUGUUGUUAAUAUAAUUGUAAUACCCCUGCCAUGGGUUUAGAAAAUUGUAUAUACUUUCUGUACAGGAAAAUCGGCAAAUUUAGGUAUUGUUAAGCUUUCUGAAAGUUGUUUGAUUGUUGCACCAAUCAUGAGGGUCUGCAGGGCAUAGUAUUCAAAUUUGCAGAAGGAGCAUUUGUGGCAAAGACAGCUGAUAAAAGUGUUCUGUAUGUGACAGUUUUAGUGUGAGGGGAGAGGUCAUUGUAUAAACAAACAUGUAAAAAUACCUGCUUUACUCUGGCCCAGUAAGUCUUUUAUAAGAGAGAGAGAAAUAAUCAGCAACAAAUCUGUAUGUCUGCAUGCCAUUUUAUAGUUAGAAAAAUUUAAGUCUCAUUUUGCGCUUCUAGGAAAUACUUUCUUUGUCCCAAGCUUAGUGUCUUUAUGAAUGCAAACUAUUCAUGUUAGAAAACUGGUUUUACUGAACCACAGGAACAUUUUUGCUUUUAUUAAAACCAACUUUGUAUUUUCAGUAAAUUGUAGAUUUUUACAUGACUGUUUAUUGGAGAAAUUUAAGGUUGUCUGUGUGAAUGUAGUGGAUUUCUGUAUGCAGAUAGCAUUAUAUAAUUGCUUUCAUUAAAACUGCUUAGCACGAUCUAAGCUUUUCAAAGGAAAUGCUAACAUACUGUAUGGUGAAUAAAACUUACAUAAGAUGUAUACUGACUUUUUCAAAAGGUUUGAUUUAAAAGUGUAGUUGGACUGAAUUAAUACUGGUUUUUGAGUGUACAUCAUUGGGAAGGGAGUAGUGGCUUAUAUGACUUCCUUCUUCUUGGUUCUAAUGAUGUUAGAUGUCACCACGGAAUUAGAAAAUUGUAUACCUGAACAAAUGUUUGGUAACUCUGUUAGUUGUUGACAUACAAUGUUUAAAAGCACAGGGGACUUUAUUUAUUGAGAAAGUUUGCAAUCCAAACUUCAAAAAUUCUGGUUCUUUAUAAUGUAACCCUGAA